AUGGCAGAAAUGAUUCUCCUAUCGCAAGGGCUCGACGUGAAUGCGAAAACCACAAGUGAGGCUACACCAAUUAUAGUAGCCGCAGCGCGGAACCAUGCUGAAAUUGUGAAGAUUCUGCUUCGUCGAGGUGCUGCUGUCAAUGUCGUUGAUCACUACGGAUGGACACCACUGUACGGAGCAGCGCAGAAUGGAAAUAUGGAUCUGGUAAAGCUUCUGCUCACUCAUGGCGCGAUUCCUAACUGUCAAGAAUCACCGUAUCUACUGCAUGCGAGCGUGCACCUUGGGCGAAGUGAGCUGAUUCGAUUGCUCGUCGAUCUUGAUCCUAAUAUUGACUUCAAAAAACCUGCUUAUGCAGAUGCCCUGCAGCUUGCAUGCACGGCAGGUGACAGUGUAGCCGUUGAAUGUCUGACACGUGCUGGAGCAGACCUCACUAUGAAUGGGGAAAAUAUGUCUGCAUCUGCCCCUCUUGUGAUGGAUGAGGACUCGCUGACGGUGAGAUAUCAUGGCAAGGACGAUGACAGCUAUAGGGUGGCAGCGGCAGUUCGAGCGAAUCACCCCAUUCCUCUCCUAUACCUGAACUUUUACUUUGAGAUCACUGUAAUCGACGACGGAGAUACAGGAGAAAUCGGUCUGGGUGUUUGCAGUGGGUACACAACUCUUGAUGUAUUGCCCGGGCGAUUUGUUUCAUCCUGGGGAUACCACGGUGACGAUGCAAAACUGUAUGAGGCAUCAGAUCAGGGAAAGCCUUAUGGUGAGAGAUAUGGGACAGGAGAUGUUGUGGGAUGCCUCGUCACACCUGAAAGAGAUAUCAUAUUCACCAAGAACGGAACAUCGCUCGGUAGGAACCAACCUUCAAGCCACAUACUUCGGGUCUUGGAACUAAUGCAAAUCUUCCAAGGGAUCGCGGCUCGUGCCCCUCCAGGGAAACUAUACGCAGUCGUAGGUAUGAAAAGCUACGGGGCCGCAAUUCGAGCGAACUUUGGCCAGGAACCCUUUCUCUAUCGAGUUCGUGCCGUCUAG